UUUACACAUCUGAAAUAUAAUGUGUAUAAUCAUGUUGCAUUUGUACAUUCCAAUUCCAAACCAUAUAUACAAAAUUGCAUUUUUUUGGAGAAAAUCAACAUUUAUUUUUGGUAAACGAUGUAUUGUGAUUUUGCAUAGUUUUAUGUAUUAAGAUUGUCUGAAGUUGUACACCUUGAUUUGGAACUAGUUAUCUUGAAUCAUUUAUCUACCACCCAUGGGUUCUGCUUUGUCAUAUUAUAUAAAUCUUUCAGUUACUGUCUUGUUUCAUAUUGUUACAUGUUACCAACAAAUAACCAAUUGAUUGCAUUUAGAUUGAGCUAAAUGACAUGUAUUCUUAGUUCUUGAAAUCCUCUAGAGUUUGGAUUGACACCUUAAGUACUACAACUACUAAAGAAUUAAACUUAUCCCACAUCAUUAAUAUUACAACAACUCUCAAAAAUAUAUUUUACGUUAUGCAAAUGUACAUUUCUUUAAUAAUAUGUACACGACAUGUAUGUACAUGACAUGAAUGUACAAAAUCGACAAGUGCAUACGUGUACAAUAUACAUCAAUUAUCUUUUAACGGAUAUUUACAUGUACACAUAUGUUUGAGACACAUGUUACAUGUUCAAUAUGUUGUAAAAUUGUGUACAUUUGUUAGUGUACAUGUGUAAAUUAAAGGUUAGUGGCGUACAUGUGUCCAACAAAUGUGGUAGUGUACACGACAUGGGUGUACAAAAUCACAAUGUGCAUUUAGACUUUGCUUUGAAUUCUCAUGUGACAUUAAUUUUGUGUACAUAUGAACAUACAUUGUUGAAACUUGUAAAUCUAUUUUACAGAUUCGUAAAUGUCUAAUUGAAUUUAUUGUUGAGCUACUUGUAAUAUUUCAAAAUAGUGUACAUAUGGAUUGUUGUACAUGUGGAUAAUGUAAUUGUAUGUACAGCAUAUCAUGUACAUAUGAAUCAUUUUUUUCUACGUUUUUUAAUUAGUGGCAUUUUCGUAAUUUUAACUUCAUCCUCCCCAAAAUCGUUUAGGGUUUUCUGCAAUUUCUCUCUAUAGCCGCCAGCCAUUAUUCUCACCUGAAUCAUCAGUUUUUUUUCAUUUUUUUUGCUUAUUAUACCUUUAAACCUGUAGAAAUAUGGUUUAAGACACUAUUUCAAGCUCAAAAUUACUUUGUUCCUAAAACGUAAAUUUUGCUUUUUUUUUAUUAUUGUCACUCCGCGAGGCGGAUGAGUUACAGAGCACGGCGUGAAAGAAGAAGCUUGGUCGUGCUGUUUCAUGGCGAAGAAACAGAGGAACCACAAUCGUGUUCUUCAUCUUGUUUCCGGUGGCAGAUAUGAAGAGAUCGUUUCAUUUUGUUUUCCAGAUUUUUUCGUUUCUCAGAAUUUUUCAUUUUGUUCUUCAACAUCUUGUUCUUAUUACGAUCUAUCAACUUCUUUAUUUUAUUACUUUUAGAAUUAUUUAUCUAUUAGAGAAAGAGAAAAAAAAUGAGAUUAAGAAUAGUGGGACCCAUUUAGUUGCAAGAAUAAAUUUAGUUAGCUUCUAGUUGUAAAAAAUUACCUUGGGAGCAAUAACUGCUCUAUCUUGUAAUAAAAAACUUGAAACUGCCUAGGAUGAAAAUAACUCAAAUUCUAGUACAGUAGUUAGCAAUAUAUAUUAUUUUUUUGUGGUUAGCAAUAUUAUUAUUAAAAGAUAAAUAGCUACAGGGUUUUAUUUGUUGAGAGAUAAUAAGAAGAAGACAAUAGAGAGAAGAUAGAUCUCUUCGUCAAGAUGGUGCACAGGCAUUAUACAUUUGAAAUCCGUCAAAUCCGUUCACAUUUACUCCUAGUUCGUCACCCUCGUCCAACAAACCUGCGAUACUUGAAGAAGAUGAAGGAUUCCGGUGAGUUCAUGGUAGAAAUCUCAAACCUCCAGUCAGUUUCGGAAAUGAUAUCAAGAAUUGAAAAACGUAUGAUAGAACUCGGAGAGGACAACAUGAAAAUUAAAAAAGCCAUGGCCUUAGCCGCCGAACGUAAGGCGGAGAGUCAUUGAAGCAAUAAAAAAGUAAGCGUAACAAUGAUUUACAUAACUAUGGUCAUGGUUUAUAGGUAUUAACAGAUUAAUUUACGAUUACUUUUACUAUAAUAGUUUAAAGGAUACUCUACUCAGGAAGAUUGAUGCAGCAUAGACCGACGUCCUCUUCCUUGUCGGAUUAGUAUUCGAGUUUUCCUUUUUUCAUAUGUCGGCUUUCUUUUAUUUUUAGGUUACACAUAUAUCCUUUUCUUGUUUAAAAAGGAAUAUGUGAUUCAUAUAUAUAUAGGCAUCGCUAGCUUGUAUGAGAUACAAUUGAUUUUAUAAGAUAUUGAGUUUCUUUAAGAGCUUUAACUAGCACUGCGAAGAGUAUUCGCAACCCCUAAGAGCUUUAAACAAGCACUGCGAAGAGUAUUCGCAUCCCUACCAUUGUUAUCGAAGCUACCUUCGUUAACAAGUUACUUAAGUCAAGAUCUAAACCCUAGACCUUCAACUUACACGGCUUCCGCACUCUAUCAGUUGGUAUCAGAAUCAGUACGUUUCGGGAAAAGAACUUCUUGUUUUAAUGACUAAGAAAACAGGAGGCGCUGGUGGUGACAUUCGGGACCAACACCCGGAGGGAGCCAUGCCGGAAAUAAUUGAGCUUAAAACCUUACUACUCGAGAUGCAGUCCGCAACACAGGUGUCCACACAGGUGACACAAACAUCUAUACAACAACUCAGCGACACAGUGGGAACAUUAGCAACCCGCCUUGACGCCUUAACGACAGCAUUAACGGCGCGUUUGGACCAACAAGUCCAACCCAUCGCCCAUGCUCCAUUACCGCCAGCUCAACUACAGCAACAUAACCCUCACCAUCGACAACAGCUCCCACCAUUCCCACCCCUGCAACAACAGCAACAAAACCUACCUCGCAAUCAACACCAGCAACACUUUCGUCGCCCACAACAACUCGGUGACGCACGAGCUCAUGACAUAGACGAAGACGAAGCUGACGAGCAUCGACGUGUCUAUUAUGACGAUCUACGACAUCAACACGUCGUCAAUAACCGUUGGGAACAAAGCUUUAAAGUGGAUAUCCCUGAAUUCCAUGGUGGCCUUAAAGGAGAUGAUCUCGUUGACUGGUUGAUUUCAGUCGAAGAAAUCCUCGAAUUUAAACAGGUUCCAGCCACCAGACGAGUUUCACUCGUGGCAACGCGUUUUCGCGGACAUGCAACAACUUGGUGGAAACAACUCAAAACCACUCGGUCUCGCACUGGUAAAACUCCGAUCCAAUCAUGGGAGAAGUUAACUAAACAUCUUCGGCAAACCUUUUUACCACAUAACUAUGAACGUACCAUGUACACAAGAUUACAAAAUCUUCGUCAAGGUAGUCGUACUGUGGAUGAAUAUGCAGAAGAAUUUGCUUUGCUGUUAACCCGCAACAAGAUUAAUGACAGCCAAGUCCAGGUCGUCUCCCGCUUUAUUGGAGGGUUACGCGCACAACUUCAGACUGCAAUGGCACAAUUUGACCCUUCCACGAUUGGAGAGGCACAGCGGCGCGCAGCAUCUCUCGAGAAACAGUCACGAACGUCUAACUGGAAUCAGUCCACUUCACGGACGCGUAUUCAAGACUCAGCUAGCAGCAACACGCCAUCGACGGCCACAAAGGAAACCAGCGAUGCGGCAGCUUCGUCGACUAAACCCGUGACACCAGAAGAACAACAAUUACGGCGUUCAACACGUCCUAAUGCAUUAUGUUGUUACUCUUGUGGUGAACUAGGUCAUCGACAAACAGCCUGUCCACACGCCACACGUAGAGGGCUACUGAUCGAUGAAACAAUCGACGAGCAAGAAGUGUACGAUUCACAAGACGAGGAUGACUGUGGCAACGACGAGACAACGCACCCCACUACAGGGGAUCACGGUCGGUUACUUGUUCUACGUCGGGCAUGUUUGACACCACAGCGGCCAGAUGAUCAGUGGUUACGAACCAAUAUUUUUCGUUCCACCUGUACAAUUAAAGACCGCAUAUGCAGUUUUGUCAUCGAUUCGGGCAGUUGUCGCAAUGUCGUCUCCGAAGAAGCCAUCACCAAACUUGGCAUCACCCGGGAGAAGCAUCCGUCACCUUACAAUCUUGGUUGGCUCAACGACACUGCAAUCAUUCGUAUCACAGAACGUGCGAUCGUUCCGUUUUCCGUUGGCUUACACUACAAGGAUCGUAUGUACUUUGACAUCGCUCCGAUUGAUUUUUGUCAUCUUCUUCUUGGACGUCUUUGGGAGUUUGAUCGAAAGAUUAUUCAUGAUGGAGCUAAAAAUACCUACAGCUUUCUCUGGAACGCUCAGAACAUCAUCCUCCUUCCAUCCAAGGAAACAGCCGCGACACCACCAACUCUCACGCCAUCACCGGCCCCACCAACAGCGACGCCGUCCCCACCACCACAACAAUCUUCGUCACCAACUACAUUACUCUGUUCCUAUGCAAAGUUUGUGUCUGAAUUCCGCUCGGAGGGUUUUGCUUUGGCUCUCUUUCCAACCAGCGAACAAAGUCAACUUAAUGCACCUCUACCGCCAGCUCUGAGCAGCGUUCUAACCGAGUUCGCUGAUGUCUUUCCUGAUGAACUUCCAGAAGGUCUGCCGCCACUUCGAGAUAUCCAACAUCAAAUUGAUUUGGUUCCAGGUGCAACGUUGCCAAAUCGGCCACAUUACCGUAUGAGUCCAUCAGAACACGAGGAGCUUCGUCGACAGGUCGAAGAUCUUCUCCGCAAAGGCCACAUCAAAGAAAGUCUAAGUCCAUGUGCAGUCCCAGCUCUUUUGAUACCAAAGAAAGAUGGAUCGUGGCGCAUGUGCGUCGACAGCCGCGCAAUCAACAAGAUUACCAUUCGGUAUCGUUUUCCUAUUCCGCGCUUGGAUGAUCUUUUGGAUCAAAUUGGUUCAGCCAAAUUUUUCUCCAAGAUCGACUUAAAAUGUGGCUAUCAUCAAAUCCGUAUCCGACCUGGAGAUGAGUGGAAAACAGCUUUCAAAACGAGAGAAGGUCUUUUUGAAUAG